AUGUCUACUCAAAAAGAAGCCAUCUUCACACAUACCAAGUAUGUUGACCCUACACCUCUCCCAGAGUCAGUUCCCAAAGUCGACGAGAUUGGUGCUACUUCAGCUCCUUUGAAGAGUGCUUCAUUUUUCAUCGGACAGUACUGUAAAGAAUACAAUGAUGAUUUCAUGCUCUGCAAGAACGAAAACAACGACCCCAAGCACUGUCUUUCUGAAGGUAGAAAGGUCACCAGAUGUGCCAUCAAUUUAAUUACCAAGCUUCGAGAGAACUGUGGAAAGGAAUUCGAAGCACACUGGCAAUGUUUAGAAAAGAACAACCAGGAAUUUUACGCCUGUCGUACACCUGAACGUACUUUCAACACAUGUGUAUUUGAGAAAUUGGGUUUGGAAAAGAAGAUUCCUGGUACUGCAGAGGGUCAAGAGCAAAUUCAUAACAAGAAGAACCCUGUCAUUAGAACUCACUUGAAAUAG